AUGGACCAGUCCAAAUCGAUACCACCCACGCAUGUCCAGCUUUCCAUCAUCGACACAUGUCAGCAGAAUGCCUAUGGUCCCGCGGAUCCCUUUAGGGACACGCUCGAUGCGGAGUCGCUGCCACGCUACUAUAUUCUGGCUAUGUUUGCACUCGCAGCCCCAUCUGUGUGGGGGCUUUACUUUGAUCGGGUCGAGGAUGCACUGGAAGCUGCGGUCGAAGCCGCAAAAGAGUCUUGGUCGCUCAUCCUGGCCUCACACGGGCCCGAAGGGAUCGACAACCCGACGAUAAAACUUGUCCAGUCUUUGAUUGCGCUAGGUCUGAUUAAUUAUAGGGCUGGCUGGAUGCGCUCGGCAUUUGCGAUGACAACAGCAGCUGUCAAGGUUGCGCGCGCCUUGCGUCUAACAGUUGAGCCAUGCAGCUCCCUGACAUUCAAAGAGCAGGAGGAGCACCGUCGCAUCUUCUGGCACACCUAUAUGCAAGACUCGGUCUUUGUGUGUGCCAGGUCACGGCCACGGCCGGCCUUCGAUAAUGAAGAAUGCGCCGUCCAGGUCCCAAUCCCGGAAGAGGUUUUUCGUGCCGAGGAAUGGCAGAGCAUGUGUACAGCAACCGACCUUAUCAAAUGGGACUUUCAGACUGAUGGCGACCUGCCUCCAUUAUCUGUCGUUUUCUAUUUGGUAACAAUACUGGCGCGCUGUUCCAAGUACAUAUAUGGCGGCGACGACGGUGACGGUGACGAUGACAGCAAAAGUCCUCGCAAGCAGCAGGAGCAGCAACCCCCGUGGUCCUCAAACUCUGCAUUCGCGAAAAUGAAUUCCGACCUGGCCGCGGCAAAAUCUUCCAUUGACCCAAGCGCCCUCUUGACUGCCAUCAAGACCUUCCGCAACGGUGUCGGCAUAAGCCGAGAAACCUCGAGGUUCGUUAUCCUCAACACGCUCUUCUUCGAUGUAUGUCAAUGUUUAGUAAACCACCCCUUCACGGUGCAGCAGCGAUCCAGGCAAUUCGGACAAAGAAAGCUGUCUAUAGAUCUCACGACGCGCGUCCUAUUCGAAGAUGCAAAUCCUCACGCCCGGCAGAUGGUGGAAAUCGUGGACCAGAUUCAUGAACGCGGUGACCUCCACCGCACGUCAAUGCCCUUCCCAUUCUGGGUGGCUCUCGCUGGGGGCAUCCUCUCCAUAGCAUUCCACGUCGAAGCGCAGAAAGGUCAUGUGCACGCCGAGACAAGUGGCGAGGCACCUGAUUCAUGUCAGUAUUUCGUCCGGGCCGUCAAUCUGCUGGAGAGAUUAGCGUUGGAUUUUCCUGCCGCCGCGAACAUGGCAAUUCGGCUCCGCGACUUCCACGCUUACCAUUCCCAAGUUUUCGCAGCUUCCCUUAAUCCAACAAGCUUGUCCGAGUCAGAUGAAGGGGAGCUCGACCCGGCCACCGAGCAAGCCCUCUGGACAUUGAUCGACCACGAGCUGGUGGGGGCGCCUAUUCCGCCACCUGUACCCCGUCUCUCUGAUACCUCGACUUGUCCUUCUAUGGAUCUUGGUUCAGAGCACUCCUUUUGA